AUUUUCUGAUUAAAGCAGCUCGUCAAGAAUUUGACGAAACCCUUAUUUGAUAAAUACAAAGUUAAAGCAUUAUAAAAAAACCGGUAUCUUGCAAGUCGUUUAUUUACGAAGUAAUUUUUAAUAAUUUACUGAAAAAGUAUGUAGCUAGAAACGUAACAACAAUGCCAUUCGACAUAAAAACGGCAACUUCCAUCGUACAAGUGUACGAUGGAACGUCUGAAAAUCUAGACGCCUACGUGGAUUCGGCGAAUUUAUUGAAGGAUUAAGUUGUUCUCGUGAAGGUGAAGCAGAUUAUGAUAUCAAACAAAUCAUUGAGCGAAACCUACAGGAAAAUCAAAUCAGGCAUAAAGGUAAUACAGAAAUCAUGGACUUGGAAAAUCGACUUACAUCCCGGGUUGGGGUGCACGGGAUGCCCAGGCACAUUCUUAAAGCUUCGUGAUAGAAAGUACAGCGGAACAAAUAUUAUAAUUAUAGAGUUAGGAAUUGGGAUACUAUGCGAUUGACUCCCUUCCUGUAGAAUAGAGAAAUAUUCAGAGCAAUGAACAGAAACAUAGAAAACCAAAAAUCUGUUUCAAAAGAUGGACCUUAAAAAAAUCAUUAGAUCGGAACAUCUUAACAGAGAAGAGGAAGAAAAAAAAAUUUCAAAGCUUUAAACCAGUUUCCGGAUGUGCUUUACAGUAAUGAUGAAAAACCGAUGAAAUAGAGUACAAAAAUCAGUGUGUGUGCCGUUUGUCUCUGCGCCGGAUCCGCCAGUCGCCUGCGUGUUCGGUUGAGUCCUUUUCAGGGCUUGAGUCAUUUCCCAUCGUUGGGGAAUUCGCCGCUGGUCCGUCGGUCACUGCAUGCAGGCAGUUUCCAUACAACGAAUCCACUUGGGGAAUCGGUGAGACCGGCGGGCGUGCUGCAAUUAAGGCAGCCUGGAGAAGAAAAGCUAUGUCAAUGUUAACAAUGAUGUUACAUCACUUAGGUCACUUUGAAAUGUUAGUCGAGAAAUGUAUGAAUAAUAUCUUCAGAACAUAUUUUGAUGAUAAAAGUCCCAAAAACUCGUUUACAUUGCGAUAAUGAUAGAGCUCAAAACGCUUGAAGUUUGUAUGGCAAAACUUGAGCAAAUGUAUGCAGAAAUUUUAAGUUUUCAAAUUUUGCCGCUAGGUGGCGCUGUAAGCGUGCAAUAAUCAAACCCUUUGGUAUUAUUGUAGGUGACUAUAUACCAAACAACUUUGUCGAGGACCGCAAAGUGAUCCAACGUCUGUGAGAAAAGUUAUACCCUAGGUAAAGUGAGGAGAAACUUAAUUGUUGUUUUUUUCCAAUACAUGUAAAGGAAUAAUAUCAAUAAUAUAAUCUCAACACUUUGCGUCACUUUGCCUAGGGUAUAACUUUUUUCACAGCCGUCGGAUCACUUCGCGGUCUUCGACAAAGUUCUUUGGCAUAUAGUCACCUACAAUAAUACCAAAGGGUUUAUUUAUUGAACGCUUACAGCGCCACCUAAUGGGGAUUUCCCAUAGUGCGUAAGUAGCUCAGUUAACAAACAACCAAAAUAGCCUAAUCGCGACGAUCACGGCUUUGCAAAGAAAGCAAACAAACCCAUUCGUGAAUUUCCAGAUUCCUGACCUGAUUAAAAUCAUUACGCAAUGUAAUGGCAACAGGAAAGAGACGUUAGCGUGAGUUCAAGACACGGAAGAGGCUCUCGCGGAAUUUGAAGAUUCUGUGCUUGAGCCAGGCUACAAACAAAUUAUGAGAUUUGUGAAAUCGGAAAUUGUGGGAGAAGCCAGACAGGAUUCGAUAGCAGCGGGAAAUCCUACUGAAUGGACAGAAAUCAAGGAAGCCCUGCUAAACGCUUUUGGGAACAAACAAGACAUUACGUCUCACAUACAAUCCUUAUUUUAUAUUAAGCAAGGAACAAAUUCACUCAAUGAAGAUUUCAAAACAGUUAAGUCGAUCGACACGGCAAUCAAAUCGACAUCAGCCCAGAUGGAUGACUAUAGGGGUUCGACAGAUGCAGUGAACAACCUUAUUAGCCUGAUGACCUUAACAAGGUACAUGUACUAUGGCUAUGUACGUUCGGAGCUAUCGUCCGAAGACAUUGGAAGAAGCAUCUGAAUAACUCUGUAUAGGUCUGAAUAACUCUUUAUAGAAAAAUUGAAAUAUACAAGAGUAAAAGAUCAGAAUUCCAAACGCGUCGGCUCGUGAUUCUGUGUCACAAUUCCAGUAUUCCAGCGGGAGCGGGAUAAACCCUGGGAUUGCGAAGAACAGUACUCAAAAUGCAUAGCAAAGUAAUUACAACCAUAUGUGGCGACAAAAACAAACCCAUCGCUAUUCUCCUUCCUUCCGUACCUCUCCGUGUGCGGUCCGUACCCAAGCGCAUUCGAAACGAAAGGUUUCAAAUUUCACAAUCAACUGUUGAGUGUUGAAGCAUGUGUGAAACAGUUUGAGAACUUCAGAAAUCAGUGAAAGCGAGAAACUUUACUCAAGUUUCAAAGGAAGAAAUCUAACCACUCGGUGAUGGGUUGGUUCAGUGCAGACGAGGUAAUUUCUACCUCUUCAAACAGUAGCAUCGGUGAAGAGCACAUGACCGCGCAGACCGUUGCGUUGUGCAUUUUAGCCGCAGUGGCUUUAGGCUAUGGUGCAAUUAAAUUGUUUUCCAAUUUUAACAAAAUCAAUACCGAGCGUGCAGCAGUUAACGCAGCAAGACUGCACAAUCUGCAAACGGCAAACGUGUGAUACAAAGUGAGUGAAAAGUUAAGAUACAAAGUGACGGAAACAAUAACUUUUAAAUGUGAACAAUAAAAACUGGCCACAAUGCCUGAAUCUUGGGACGAAAUUCGACAUACUCAUUUCCUAUUUUACAACAGUAUGCCUUUCAGUCAUAAAUAAUCUCUUUCAAACUCAAAGUCGUCGAGUCAAGUCACUUAUAUCCGAAGCCCAAUCUCCACAUGGCUCACCGUGACUAGUGAUUGAACCUUUGCACCGCAAAAAUAGUAAAGUGUGACCAAAUACCGAAAAAGUGAAAAAGCGCUAAGUGUAAACCAGACAAUUAAACCUUUAUUACCUUUAUUACAAACCAAUCAAGUGCGGUAACGGAAACACGAAUCAUCGCGGGCACAGUACUAGGUAUUGCUAUACUAGUGACGUUAUACCUGUUAUUCCGCGUUCUGUAUAAGUACAGUAAAAAAUCAACUGAAGCCCAAGUCGAGCGGGCAGUGCGGCUAAACAAUGUCAGAACCCAAGAAUAAUAGUGCCGAACAGUUCAGAACGAUCGCAAAUUAAUAUGAACGAUAAAGUGAACUACAAAUUGUUACAACGGAACAGAACAAUCAGCAGAAAAAUGUGCAACGAAAUUAUGCCAACUACAACGAAUAUUGAGUGCGCGAAACAUAUGAAAGGCUAAAACGAUCGAUGUGCAACGAUUUAUGCCAACUAGAACGAAUAUUGAGUGCGUGAAAAAUUACGAAACACUGAAACGAUCGAUGUGUUCCUGAAACAACUUGCCUGUGCAGAAACAAAGUGAAGAAAUCCAACCACUUAACCCCCGGGAGGCGUGAGUCGAGGCGUAAGGCCAUCAUUAAUGUUAAACCACCAGAAGCCAAGGCGUGCGGCAUGCAGUCCACAACAUAGAUGAAAAAGGUAUGAGCAAAGCAGAUUUAAUACAGUGUUUUUCUGCAUUAGUAAAAAUUGAACAAAAUUUACGAAAAUCCAUUAAUCAAAAUAUACUAGAUAAUACACUAGAGAAACAUUUAGAUACUGCUAACACCUUAUACACUGAGUUAGAAAAACUACUAGAAAAACAUCAAAAAUCGAUACCAGAUAGGGAAUUUUUAGCUAUAUAAAACAAGCGAGAAACGCUUUAAGUUAUAUUACAGAAACCGUUAAUUGUCGAACGUCAAGAAGAAAAAGCUUAACCAUGACAUUACCUACAUCUCAAGCGAAUAAUGCAUUUAAUGCAAAACUUUCUGCAUCGAUUCUGACACCCUACGAUGGCGAUAGUAAUAAAUUACUAGCCUUUGUAGAUGGAGUAAAAUUUUUAAAAUCUAUUACCAAAGAAAGCGAUUAUCCAAUGUUAAAAUUUUUCAUUAUGACGAGAAUAUCGGGUAAAGCGCGAGACGCUAUACCUAACGACAAUGUAGAAAGGUCAAUAGAUCAAAUUGUCGACCUGAUUAAAGACACUUGCGGAAGUCGGGAAACCACAGAACAAGCCCUAGCCAAGUUGAAAAGCGUGAAAAGAAACGUAUCUCUUUGGUAUGGGAUUUUACAACUGGGAACUUGAUGGAAAGGGGGAUGGCUUUCUCAGUCUUUGAUUCAAGAACGAUUUUUAUCUACAUUCCCGACGUUUCGGCCUAGGGAUUUGGCCUUUUUCAAAUGGCGACUAGUGACUGUCGAACUCUUCGGAGCCCGACUCAGUAAAAUUGUUUGCAUUGCAUCAGUGAAAUUUUGAUCAGUGUUAAAGUUUAUCGUUAACUUUUCCAAUCAGCCCUAUUCAUACAGAGAAAAUGGGUAACAAAAAGUCUUCCCCUAAAGUUGACACCAGUGGUAGCAACGACACCACUAUAAUAAACACUCAGGACUUUCAUACAGAGCAGCAUGAGUCCCAUAGUACACUGCUCUGGCUAGUGUUAACAAUCACGGGGCUGCAGCUCCUCAUAACUAUCUUUAAGAUAGUCGAAAGGCGGAUCAGGCGCGAUGCGCUUAGAAAAGCUAAAUCAAUAGCAAACAUUGAUGUGUGAGAAAAAAAAACGACAACUGAACCGUUAACACAGACAUUCAGUAAUAGUGUAAAAUGUUAUAACAAUUGGAAAAACCAGUGGAUGAAGUAGUGACCUGUGUUACCAGCUGAACUAAAAGUGCUCUAACAAGCUAAAAAUCCAGUGAACAGCGAAAAUGACCAAUUCAAAAACUGAAGAUAUUUAAACAGACUGAAGAGCCAGCGGACAGCGAAAGUGACCAAUUCGCUAACUGUAAGUGCUGAAGAACAAGUGGACAGCGAAGAUAACAAAUGACGUAAACUGAUAGUGCUUCAACAUCCUGAUGAAACAGCGAACGGAGGCAGCGACCCGGAAGAAACUUCUACAUGAAAGCAGUAACGACGUAGGAGUACAAUUGCGGAGAUUUCAUCCUUUUAGACCCUGUGCGUGAAUUAUUUUCGUAGAUAUGUCAUUCCGACCCAGCCCACAGAUUCUCACUAACCAAGUGCUUGUAAUAAGUGAAAUCGACUAUGUUCAGUACUAUGUUUAGCAAUUGUGAGCAACAAUGACUAGAACUAUUAUGCCUUGUAUGUAAAAAGAAAAGCUGUUAUGAUUUCAUUUUUAUUUUUCAUUUUUAUAUUAUGAAUUCUACGUGAACCAAUAAGCUGUAAUAUUUUCGACACAACAGUCCCAAAAUCAAUAUGAUGAGCAUUAACCUUUUUAUGAAUUUUGAAAUAGUGAAUUAGUAUAUAUUUUGUAAUGUCAGAGAAAAUUGAAAACGCUUUAAAACAAUUAAAUGCACUUUUAAUAAAUUUAAAAAAUCGAUUAACAACAAAAUUAAAGCGACUACAUUGCAAAAAAAACGACAAGUAGCAAAGGACUUGAGUAAUCAAAUUGAGUUUUUCUUAUUAGAAUCCUCUUUGACAGAUUCUCAAUUAAAUCACUUUUUAAAAAUUUCUAAAAACUUGGUGAAUGAGAUUGAGUUGAUAAUUCAGCAAAAACUUUCGAAACACAAAAUUAAAUUACGAUUAAGAACAGUGGUUAAAAUUUUUAUUUGGUUAAAAAUUAAAUCAGUAACAAUGGCACUAGACAUUAAAACUGCCUCAGAGCUAGCAUCUCUGAUCCCAAAUUAUGAUGGGAAUCCAGGAGGCAUGAAAUCUUUCACAGAUGCAAUAGGUUUAGUUGAAACCAGACGCGCAACAAGCUGCUGCCAUUCAACUUAUUUUGACUAAGUUGACUGGUAAAGCUAGAGAUCUAUUUACAGCAGUGCCAGCAGAUUUCCAAGAAAUAAAAAACAAAAUUACUGCUGAUUGUAUAGACAAAAGCACUUCAGAUUUGGCUCUUGCAAAUCUGAAAAAUGUUAAACCACGAAAAGGUCAAGAAACUUCUGGAUUCACAAAGGAAAUUGACAUACUUGCGGAUAAACUGAAACAUGCUUACAUUCGGGAAGAAGUUCCGAAUGCGGUAGCCACAAAGUUAGCAAACAAGGCUGCCAUACAAACCUUAAUAGCUUCAUCACACAAACAGGAGACAAAAAUGCUCCUCAAAGUGGGGAAAUUCGCGUCUCUUUCGGAAGCAUUAAAUAUUGUUAUUGAAAACGAGAAUUUCAAUAAUGAACCAUCCGCAUCAAUUAUGCAGAUGAGGAAAAAUUUUUCAAAAAAUAGACCAAAUUAUCAAUCAAAUUACCAAAAUCGUUACAAUGGCAACAAUAGCAGAGGAAAUUUCAGAAAUUCCCCUCGUCCAAACCCGCACCAACCCAGGUCAAACUAUGGUCAACAAUCGUCAAAUAGGUCAAGAUAUAAUCAUCCGAACAAUAACCAACAGCAAUAUAGACAACAAAAUUGGGUACAAGAUGGCAACAGAAGAAUGUAUCACAUGAACGUGGUGCAUGGUUCUGGUUCAACCGUGGUCCCCGACCCAGAACAACCAGAGUUCAAAAUGUGGAAAUCUUUCCCGGCUGAAAUCAACGCCCUUUAUGCCACACUGAGAUGGACCUGAUCAUGAUUGGAGAGGUUUUCCUUAAUCCCUUUGCUAACGUCACCAACAAGGCAGAAUUCUUCGAGGUGAUUCAGGGUCAAAACGCCACUUUCAAUCUACUGCCAACCCUGGAGAAGCUCUUCAAAACAUUGCAGCGAAAUUACUGCAAAUGACAUUGUUCGGCGCAUCGCCUCUCUGGAGUCAACGUUCCAAGGUUAUUCGUAACUUUCUUGACAAACGAAGGACCAAUGCUCCCCAAGUUAGAUAGGGUUUCAGGAAUCAAUGUGGAUCUUGUGAAUUAUAUAAACUCUAAAGUUGUGUUUACCGUGAGACACAUGAAAGCGCAAGUGGAACGUCUCUUCUCCAUAUUCCACCAGGAGAGGUGCAUGAUGCAAAAAAGGAUUACUCAAAACCUCCAGGCUUUAGCACUACUCUCCCCUAGAGAGUUCGUAUGCCAAUUGUAAUAUAAUAUCUCUUGACCUUUUUCCUAUUAACAAAAUGUCGAACAUGCAAUCAUCUCAAAUUCCAUGGAGAUCUGUUUUGUGCAGACCCUCCGAGUUGACAUUGAAUGAAAGCAUUGUUUCACUUGCCAUAAACAGAAAGUGCCUUCCGCACUUGGUGUUCCAAAAAUGACACGCUCAAAUAAUUGUUACCACAUGUUUCUUUUCCGGGUGGUCUAGAAUGCGAGACCCAAAUGCGCGCAACGAUUGUUGCAAUAACAUUUCUUGUUUACUAUUUUUGGUACCUUCGUCACCAACACCAACUGCAGACAUGUGUGAUUGGUUGACUAUCUUUUAAACUAUUGUUUACGAAUCGGUUAAGCACCGCCCCUUAGAAUAAGUUGUGUAGAGUGACGCUUCCCAGACUAAGUUUGGUUUUAAUAAAGUUCAGUUCGGAUUCAUCACUCGAACCUACAUGCGUUCUCCAUGAUAUCACGUCCAAGAUACGUUACAUGGCUGACCGUGAAGUGAAUUCGUUUAAGGACAACGGAAAAUAGUGUGACAACGUCCGCGGAAAAGCCACUGGAUUUGAAACGUAGAGACAAUCAAAACAAUGAAACCCGCAAUAAUCACCGGCACCCUAGCGGUAGCACUUUUACUUCUCCUAGUGAAAAUUACAAUGUGUCUCACAGAAGAUCCGAAAAUAACGGCUACACUAGCAAAAAAAACUCAGUUUAUUAAUACAUUAACUAAGUAAAAAAAAAGAACUAAUAGUGCAGUGGAAAAAGUUUUAAAGUUACCAUGGGCAGCGCAGCCAGUAAGGAAGAGAGUUCGAAAACUAUUGGUGACCAAUCGGUAACCAUAGUUGAGAACCAGGAAGUGCACACGAGCUUCCUCGAGGAUCAUGCAUGGAAACUUAACGUGAUCUUGUGUCUAUUAACAAUCCAAACGCGUUUUAGAAGGCCUGUUGGUUACACAGCAGUUGCUAGAGGAGAAACAAUAUCUGCUCCAGUUUGCCUCCCGCGAGAUAGGCAGUUUGUGAGUGAGAGAGUGAAAGUUAAAGACUUUUUUGUGGCGUCCAGUGGAUGUUAACUUGCGAACAUGGAUUUCGAAAUAAUUGAGUGAGUGUAUUCCAUUUAUGUAAAUCAAUUAACGGACAUUAAGAAAAGAUUGGAGUGUACAAGUUCUAAUGGAUUCACGAAAGCGGAGAGCAAGGCUCAAGUGAGAAUAGUGGACCGUGUUUUUGAGGUAGCAGCAGCAGUGGCGAACCUAAUGCGGCUAGGGAAAAACAACAUCUUGAUAGGGCUUAGACGAGACAUCGAGGAUAUCAUGUUUUUGGAACUUGAGAACUGCGUAGAGGAGUAAAAGUCGUGAGUUUUUUUUUCUAUUAAAAUGAAUAAUAGGCAUAGAGUCCGACACGCAACAAAUUGAAGAGUGUAUUAUGGGGCUUCACAAAACACUGCAAACAUUAGUGAAAAAUCCAAACAGGAAACUUACCCACACAACGCUGUUGCGAAAGUUAAGGUACGCCAGAAAUAUUAACAUAAGUAGAAGAGUUGUUAUGAAAAAUAGAAGGGAAAGUAGAACAUGUUAAGAUCACCGUGGAUCGGUAUUGCCAGUCCACGAACAAGUUAAAGAGUCCCCUUCUUUUGGCAUAUGGAUGCAAGCCAUAAGAGCCAAAAUUGUGGGCGACGCUGACCUAAUACUCGAACUAUACGGUACGGAGUUGGAUUGGCAUGAAGUUAAGAGUAAUCUCAUCUCACAUUAUUGCAGCCCAAUCAUCAAAACGCGAGCUUCACGGAUAACUUUCAGCGUUACGACUUUGCAUUGAAGAGAGUAACUACGGAUACGUUCAAAAUUAUCCUAUACCCUUGAUGUCAAAUUACGGAGCCACACCGAAACAAUACAACGAAGAAGAAAUUUACCUUCAAACCCCGGAAAGGACCAAUUUCGAGGGAUGAACCCUCUCGUCAACCGGACCCUAGAACCCGUCGUAAGCCAGAAGUCGUGGGAGAACCAGACUUCUCUCCAAAGAACCUAUCGCCCAGUUUCACGACACCGAAAAUCGAUCCCUGUGACAUCGACGCUUUUUCUGUCGCUGAUUUAGCUGCGUUAGGCUUCCUCAAGCGUGUACCAGAGUUACGCCUAAACUACUCUGGGUAUUUCGAUCUUGUUGAAUCCAUUUAUCGAGAUAUGAUGUCACAAGAUGUAUUCGGAGUGUAACAGAGGCCAUGUGGACCUAUUACUGUUCGAUGUUGCUAUGGGAGAGACUGUAUAUCAUACGCUCUCUGCAGAACGAGAUCCCGAUUACCACAUGCCCACCGGAAUUUGUAUCCCGAAGGCGAUCGCCGUGUACCUAUCCGCGAUCGGACCUGUUAGGGAUCCCAACUCUCGAAAAUGGCACGUCAGCGUCCCGGAAUUAGACGCUAACAUCGUCAAUGAUAUUGCCGGAUUCUUUGGCGCUAUCACCGCAGACACGCACCAUAUCUAUGGUAGUAUACCGUCUCCAGGUGUGGCCGCCUUCUCCGUGCUUUAUGAGGUAGCCAACCCACAGGGUGUCGAGAUGUGGCGCUACCCAGCCCACUCGUUCACUACUUGGAUACGUACCAAGAACUAUGCCCAUUACACCAGAGAUUCGAAACAUUUACGCUGAAUUAGGAAUACAAGCUGGCUACGACGCGGAUGUCCAAGAUUUGGACAACAUUGUGUUUGGACGGAACUUUAACGGGAUUCCCUUUUGCAUCGAUUUACUCCGCCAUAUCUCAACCAAGGUUGCAGAUGCGAAGAUACCAUCGGUUAUCGGACCCGUGGAAACCGAAGUCGGAUCUCAAACACAGCUAGGAUAUGUCGUUGCUAACGACGACCAACUGCCCCGUAAUCUCCGACCCACCCAAGGAAUAGUAUCUGCUAGAUGCUACACCCAGCUGAUUUCGCUUGGAGCCACAGCUGUCGCAGUGUUCAAGCCUCGAGUAGAGUACGUUAACCUACCGCGUAACAACAUCUAUCGUUUCGAGAAUGACGUGAUACCACCCGGCUGGAUAGCCACGAUCAACACGCAAUAUCGUUACGGCCGCCCGGAAUGGACCAACAUGGACACGUUCGGAUUGAGUGACGUCGACGGAAGAGCAGUCGUCAAUGAGUAUAUAAAGAAUUUAAAUCUCGUCGUUAGUAGGCUCGGAGUGGACAUCUGAAGGAAAACAAAAGUAAACCCGCAAGGACAAGCACAUGAUCUAUCAUAUAAUAGCGUAUGAUCUAUCGUAUGAUGGAUGAAGCUACUUUAAAAAUUCAAAAUUGGAUUCAAGAGCUUAAUAGAACAUUAAAUAAUUUGAAAAAGGCGCCAAACAGACACUGUCUAAGAAAAACUUUGCUCAACAAAUUGAAAUACAGUAAGUACAGUAGACGAAAGGCAAAAAAAUAGCCCAAUUGGAACGCCUAUGCUUCAGCUGCCUAGGCACGAAUCAUAACAUGUUUAAAUGUACCAAGGCCAAGAGAUGCGGCAUUAGGGGAUGUGCAAGAAGGCAUCACCGAUUGCUCCACCCUCCAACAGAAGAAGUCACGAUUGAAUAACAAUCAGUGAAUAAUCAUAACGACAACGCGAAACCGAUAACGGUUCAUUACCAGGUAUUACCCGUGACAUUACGAAACAAAGACAAAGUCGUAAGUACUUACGCCUUCCUAGAUCCCUAUUCGUCACUAACUCUACUAGAAGCAAACAUCGCUAGAGAACUGAAGCUAGUCGGAAAAUCAAUACCUCUUCAACUCAAUUGGAUACAAGAGGUUACAAUAGAGCAUAACUUCAGUCGAAGCGUCGACGUAGUCAUUAGAGGAGAUACAAAAAGCAGCCAUGUGCUGAGAGACGUUAGGACAAUUGAAAACUUAAUGCUACCAAAAUAAUCGAGAAAUUAUCAAGAAUUAUGCGAACGCUAUCCUCACUUAAGAGGACUACCGUUAGAUAGUUGCAAUAACAUGAGACCAGGGAUAAUGGUAGGACUACGUCACAGUCAUUUAGUUUAGUCAAUUCAGUGUUCUCUUUCCUUAUCCGUGAUAGCCGAAAGAAGAGGAAACGAAUAUCUGCUUCAUUCUGUUUUCGACUUUCAGUACUAUAGGAUACUGGAGAAAGAAACAUGGUAAGUGUAAUUCAGCUAGAAAAAUUAGUUAACUUUUGGUUUUUUUUUUAAUCUGAUUUAUUUUCCUUUUUCUUUUCUAGGGAUGUCUAGGCAUGCAACUUACAGAAUGCUCAGAAGUUAAGCAGGUCCUUCGAUGGGACCGAGGCGUGCUCCGUGUGGUGGACCACCACCAGGAUGGCGGAAUUACUAUUAUGAUUACAACCGGGCUGAGGAUCCGGAGUAGGAUCAUCUAUAGAAAUAGAAAUUUAUCUUAAAUAAAUUUCUAAUUAUCUUUUGACAAAUUCGUGUUUUCUUCUCGUUAGAAAUGAACGAAGUUAUUUCUGGAAUAUUUGUGUUUUUUAGAUCUUGUGUCGCAAUCGUGCCGAUAGUAGAGGGAUAAAUGUGUAUUUCCUUUGGUGUUGCAGUGUGAGGUGAAAAGGAUACACGUUCUUACAAUAAUUAAGGGUAAGUCUCUUUCUUCUUUUUCUUUUGAAGUGUAACAAAAACUAAUAUGAAUAUAAAUAAUGAGUGUGAAUAAUAGAAAAAAAAAUGGCGUUACGUGAAUUUGGUUCAACGAAAUCGAAACUUUUGUAACAGCCUUAAAAUUGUUCUAAAAUAGUUCUUAUGAGCCUUAAACUUUAAGACCAUUUCACGGAAAAUAUAAAAUGGUCGGAUCGUCAAAGGAUUCUUAGAGUACUCCUGAAAAAAAAAUUAAACUUUAAUAAACUAUUUGUUCAUCUACAGAAGAAGACGCAUAAAAAAGCAUUAAUUGAAAUUCAGCAGUACAAGCAACAGACACAUAAGAGAUGAUAGGUCAAAUGCGACGGACACAGGAUGAAGAAGAAGCGAUCGUGCAGUUGAUGUUGAUGAACAAAUAUGGGUUAGAAAUCAGAAGACUAACCAACACAUAUAUUUUUUUCCAGGAGCAAAUGUAAGAGCUAAGUUCUCUUUUACCGAAAAUUACAAAAUUAAGAAAUAUCGUCACAUAACACAAUAGUAUAUUUUGUUCAAAAAAUAAAAAAUAUAGUGGUGUAGUGUUAACAAGUGUUGGUGAAUCUAUUGAAAUGAUGACAUAUCUUUAAGACAGCGAGUUCGAAUUAAGAAGUUUGGUUACAAUUUUGAAAGUGAGUGGGGGUGGUUUUGUUCCAGUUGGUGACAGCGAUAGGACUUGCAAUUUUGAUAGUGAGUGGGGUGGUCCUGUUUCAACUAUUCGAAAUACUAGUUAGGUUCCGGAAAGGGAAAUAUGCGGUAUGUAGCGACAAAGAGAUGUUUCACCAAGUCAAAAUACGCAAAGAAGACCAGGACGCUCAACGAUUCUUAUGGCGCAACUGCGAACAGAGAUUCCCGGACAUAUACGUCAUGCAAGUAAUGACAUUCGGUUCGACAUGUUCACCGUCAUGCGCCCAAGCAGCCAAGAACCACAAUGCAGAAAGACCAAUAAACCAGCACUACGUAGACGACUACGACGAUAGUUUCAAUUCCUUGGUGGAGGCCAAGGACACCGUCGCUCAAGUCAUUAAGGCUCACGAAGAAGGGGGUUUCUUCAUUACGAAGUUUUGCUCUAAUGACAAAAUGUUACUAGAGACGAUUCCAAAAAACAGAAGAGAGGUAGAUACGAAGAAGUAUCUUAAUGACAAAGACGACGAAUCCGAGAAGGUACUCGGAGUCUACUGGAACACCAACAAAGAUACGAUCGGGUAUCAGGUGAACCUAGAAAAAUUACCUAAAGAAGAACUCUGCAAAAUCAGAAACCCUAGCAAACGCGAAGUACUCUCCUUCGUCAUGAGCGUCUUCGACCCGCUAGGGCUAAUAUCGAACGUAACGAUCUAAGGUAAAAUCUUAAUACAGGAGCUGCAUAAGGAAACAAAGGACUGGAACACACCUAUUUCCGAAAGAGGGCAAAAGAUAUGGAACUCAUGGGUGGAGAAAGUACAAACUGCGAGCAACAUACUAAUUCCUCGAUGGAUAAUGACGUAGGACGUAGGCACGCACAUAGAACUCCACACCUUCGUUGACGCAUCGGAUAAGGCCUUUGCAGCAAUCGUAUACGCAAGAAGUAAUACACAACAAAAUCCAUGUGUGAGAAUCAUGGCAGCGAAAUCGCGAGUAGCACCCAUCAAACCGCUAUCAAUUUCGCGGCUCGAGCUACAAGCAGCGCUACUAGGGGUAAGAUUAGCAGAUACAGUCAGGCAAGAAACGCGGUUGAAAAUCAUAGGAUCUACGUUUUGGGCGGACUCCAGAACGGUCAUCUCAUGGAUCAACUCCGAGCAUCGAAAAUAUAAACCAUUUAUAGCACACCGUAUCGGAGGACGUAUCCGAAAAUAUACUUGGGGUAUACUGGAACACCAACAAAGACAGCAUUGGAUUUCAAGUGAAACUCGAGAGACUGCCUAAAGAGGUGUAUUGUAAGAUAAGACAACCACCGAAAAGAGAAGUACUCUCGUUUGUUAUGAGCGUAUUUGAUCCGUUAGGUCUAAUAUCUUAUAUUACAAUACACGGAAAAAUACUGCAUCAAGACCUACAUAAGGAAACGUCUGAGUGGGAUAAAUCAAUAUCUAAAAGGCAGCAACAAGUCUUGGAGAAUUGGCUGGAGCAAAUUGAAGCAUCGAAUCACGUCAGAAUUCCGAGAUGGAUAUUAGAAUAUACAGGAUCACACGUAGAACUACACACGUUUGUCGACGCUUCAGAAAAAGCCUUCGCAGCAGUUGUAUACUACAGAAGCUCCACUGGAGGAACACCAUCCGUACGCUUAGUCGCUGCAAAGUCAAGAGUCGCACCGAUUAAGGCACUAUCCAUUCCACGCCUGGAGUUGCAAGCAGCAUUAUUGGGAAUACGGCUGACCGACAUUAUAAAAAGGGGAAACACGGUUCAAGGUUACCAAAUUAACAUAGUGGUCAGACUCGAAAACCGUACUAGCAUGGAUAAACUCAGAGCACAGAAAAUAUAAACCGUUUGUGGCCCAUCGAACAGGUAAAAUCCUUGAUUCAACCACUAUGGAUCAAUGGAGAUGGGUUCCGAGUGCUAAUAAUCCCGCAGACGAAGGCACGAAACCGUCGACGAAGGAAUCCAUGUGGAUCCCCGGACCGCCAUUCCUGAAACUACCAGAAAAGGACUGGCCCCAAGCAGAGUCUAUCGAAACAGCUGAAGAAGCGAAAUUCGUCGGAGUUCAUAGCCAACAAAAGGACUGUGUACAAGAGGAAAGAUUCUCAUGUUGGUGGAAACUUCUAUUCCGUAUCUGUAUGAUACUCAAAAUCAUUCAAUUCGGAAUAAAUCGAGCCAACUCCACAAAGGCUUUCACCAUGACAGAAAGAAUUAAGGCUGAAAACAUACUAUACAAGAAGGCCCAGCGUGACACUUACCGGGACAAGGUGAAGGAUUUAUAAGAGAACCAGGAAUUAACUACGAUUAGACCGCUCUCUAAACUGAAUCCCGAGCUUGACGAUCAAGGGGUAAUGCGUUCCCAUAGUAGACUGGUAUACGCAGAAAAUAUUCCAAAAGCAACAAGGAAACCGAUCAUCUUACCAAAGGGACACCAUGCUGACAAGGCAGUACAAGCGGCUCUACAGCAAAAGUACUUCAUAAUCGGUCUAAGCGCGGCACUUCAAUAUGUAGAAGCGCGCUGUCAACACUGCAUCAAUGCAAAAGCAAGGCCAAAGGCCCCAAUGAUGGCUACCAUCGUGUCGAACAGACUCGUUCAUAUACCCUUUCACCCAAACGGGAGUAGACUACUUUGGCCCUUUCGAAGUAGCAGUAAACCGAUCAAGGUGACUUUGGCAAAUAUGCGCCAAGUGUAGAAUCAAAUGCGAACAAAUAAAAGCGGUACAACAAACAGUGAUACUGGCAGCACGCGAACAGCUGUCCACUACUCAAUCCAUGUUUUUGAAAGGUCACUACCUCACCUAAGGAAGAGGUAAACAGUUUGAAUGAAAAUAAACGAAAUCUAACAGCGAAGGCAAGUUGCAUAAUUGCAACCCGAGUGGAACGUCGAGGAAGACAAACAUGGUGUUUAGUUUCAACGACAGCGAGCGACAACGACCGACCGACCCGAUUAACGCAGGCGUAGCAGAACGAUGAGAGACAUUUAUACACUUUACCUCGCAAAAAGGAGUAUCGUAUUUAAGAAAAACCAGUAAGCUCUAUAUAACCUUUACCUUACAUUUUACUUUUUUUUUUGUAUGUUAUUUUGACAAUUGAGUAAGAUUCUAUAAAUGAACGAUUAUGGACGAUUGGAGAAAUUGCAUAAAUAUUUUAAAAAAUCCAUAAGUACUACAUUAAAAGAACAAAUAUGGAAUAGUUGAUCCAGCGGCAUGUUCCAGGGUGGGUUAAGUGGUAACGCAGCUCCUAAACACAGAGCAUAAACCUAUAGAAAUGUCAAUAAACGUAUUUCCGGCAGGAUCCUAGGUAGAAUUUUUGAAGAUAUUUUCGUGAAAACCUUGAAACUAUCACUGGAGAAAACCCUCGAGUUAUUCAUGUGAGAAUUUCUGAAGGGAAUGCCUGGAGAACAGGAAUUCUACUAUUGUAACAAUCCGUUGAUUUUACCUGUGACAGGAGAGCGGUUAAAUAUCGAGAUGGAGAAUCUUAAUCAGGAGCAGACUCAACGAGUUCAAGACAAGAUUGCAGCCUGCAAGCAGAUGGUAGCUCAAACGGAGGAAGAUCUCGCAUUAUUAAUGACCGGAGAAUUGACUGAGGCACAAAAUAAUGCAAUCGGAGAGGACGACGGAGAGCCGAUCCACGCCCGAGGCAUCGGAAAACGAGCUAUUCAAGAGAUGAUCAUCCAUAGAGGAAUCGCCCCAUCAUAUCCUCUCCAGUGGUUCCAGAAGAACGGAUGGAACAAACCCACUAUCACAGUUCCAGAGAUGCGGAAGGACGCUAAAAUAGGUGAUUACUUUGCUCAUAUCACAGGGGAAUUCCGAGGAGGAGUGGUCUCUCCAGCCACAGUGAUGGUUUUCAUGCGUUGCUUGUGCAGCCUCAUCCGUGACACUCUCAGAUUCGAUUGGGUGUCCAUGGGUGUGUUUAUUGGAGCGGAAGGGACAGUUGUAUCCCCAUUGAGUGUGGUGAGACUUGCUAUAUCCACGCAAGGAACGAAUGUAGGAACCUGUCCCCAAAUGGUGACACGAGAGCAAGUUAUGGACCUCGGCCUAUUGAUCCUUGGAUGUUACCGGAUCCACUGUGCGUCAAAUCAAACCUAUGUAAACAAACUGCAGACAACACUGAAAGAUCAACUGAUUACCAAAUAUUUCGCGGAUGGAAUUGAAGUGGCCAUGACCAAUUUUGCUACAGUUUAUCAAAGUCCUGAAUUUGUGAAGCUGGUAUGUGCAAUCGAUAUGUUUUUCUCUAUGUUCCCAAAGCACUUGGACUCAAAGCUCAGGUUCGGAACUCUAAUGACUGCAUACCGUGAUUGCACUGGACUUUCUGCGAUCACAUCAGGAUGUGACCUGAUGAGAGAGACGACCAGAGUCUUUGCCCGAUGGCUGAUGACUCCCACCCUCCGUGUUGAUUUGACCCGAAUGCUAGUAUCCGGCCAGGAGAUGGAGAUUCCUUACUCCUACAGUCCAUAUCUGUCGGGUUUUGGAUUGGUGGACAAGAGUCCAUAUUCAGCGUCAAUUAAUGCAGGGUUUCAUGUGUUCACUCACCUCAUUGGGUGCGCGAUUCCUCUGAUCCGCUCCGUAAAUGCCAUAUUUCUUCCUCCCAGCGGUCUACAUAGCAUUAUUGACAAUGCAAUUCUCUACAUCUACGCACAUUCGUGUACCGGGUCACUGCAAAUGCAGUAUUAUAAGAGCACGGAGGUUGACGCCGUUCGCCAGCUGGAAACGGAUGCCCGAUUACAAACCGAUUUCAUCAGAAAGCAGCUUUUGGAAGGAACUGAGGAUGAUCCGGUUCCUAUCGACGAUGCGGCAGUUGCAGUCGGGGAAGAUCCGGCCGAAGAAGGGCAAGGGGCAGGAGAUUUAAAUGAUGUUGAAGAUGCCUCGGAAGGAGAUACCGAUAUUGGAUCCGAACCGAUAAGCCGGGAUGCCCUCGAGUGGUACUCGUAUAUAUCGAGACACUACAGAGGGGCAAUUCCAGAUCGUAUGCGUGAACUUGCUUGGGAGAGAUGGUCUAAGAUUGGUGAGGCUCGCCCCAACUCUGUAGGGGAAUUUGCCAAGCGCCUCAGUGCUGGAGGAAAAUUGUGAGUAGAGACUCAGACUAUAUAUUCCCGAAUUUGACAGUGUAUCUUAAAGAGACGACAUGAUACCUUUUUACAGAUAUCUUGAGUAAUGAUUAGGACAUGAAAAAAAAAAACAACAGAAAUCUCUUAUAUCUCAGAGUUCAAUAUAUAGAUUUGAAAUGUCUUCGAAUCCGCAGGGGCAGAAGAAGAAGCAAAAAAAAAGAAAUAAACUUAAAGAGUGUGACCAUUAAUAUUAAGUUUUAGAAUUAAAAAUCUGUGAAAAUAUAGAUCAAAUUUCAGAAGAAGAUUCUAAUGUUCAUAGUGUGCUGUGCAUCUUCCCGCAUAAUCAAUUACAUCCCAUAAAUACGUACAGUAACUACCAAAUCAUAUACAAUUCAAUUAGUAAGCAUCAAUGCUGUUUCCACUGUGCUAUCUGCACACAGUAAGAAUGGUCAGGAAUGCAUGUGCGGUCCGAGCGUUCUGACCCGACGCGCGGACACCUGUUUUGCUGACUCGUAUUACGAGUGUAGUGGCCCCACAGGGCAGGGUACAAUCAGAAGAGUCAAAUAACCAAAACAUUGGGUUCGAUAGGUACAUCGCCGAAAUUUAUAUUGUCAGCUUUCUGUCCCAGGCGUCUAGUUAAUUCUUUCUCUUUUUUACACAUUGAACCAUGAACAAGCAUAUGAUAACCAUUACAACUUUGUAAGCUAUAAAAACCGAACCUUUUGAGAAAUACAGCAAUCUUUGCCCAACCUUGAAGGGGUUUCAA